AUGAAACCAUUUGCACGUAAUCUCUGGUGGUUAGCAUUAGGUACUUUAAUAUAUGCUGGUGUGAUAAUGUGGCUCUUGGAAAGAAAUGAUAAUGAAGUAUUAGAAAAUCGAUCAAUAUGUUCUCAAAUUGUUAUGAGUAUAUGGUAUUGCUUUGGUAAUAUUGUUGGAUAUGGUGCAGAUUUUAAUACACGUACAUCUCCUGGACGUCUAUUCACUGCUAGUUUAUAUAUCUUAGGUUUGAUAUUAGUAGCAUCAUAUACUGCUAAUUUAGCAUCUCAAUUGACAAUAGCAAAAUCAACGGGAAUUAUAUCUGGAAUUGAUGAUAUCAAAAAUGGAAAAAUACCAUUUAAUCGUAUCGGCGUAAUUGUACAGACAGCUGUGGAAGAUUAUUAUUUAAGAGAAAUAUCGAAUGGUGCUCCAAAUUAUUAUCGAUUAUAUACUGACACAGAAAUGUACAACAGUAAAUCUGAAGGUUUAAUUGAUGCAUCGUUUAUGGACAGUGGUACUGCUGAAUAUGUCACGAAUAAUAUAUAUUGUAACUUAACUUUAGUUGGAAAUGAUUUUAAUCAAGAUAUAUUCGGUAUUGUUAUUUCUCAAGAAUGGAUAUAUGCACAAGAUUUAGAUGUGACUAUUCUAUCAUUAAGAGAAUCAGGUGAACUUGAUCGACUGAGAGAAAAGUGGUUUCAAAGAAAGAUCUGUCCCGACUCGGUUGUACAAUCAGAUGAGAUUGGAGUUGAAGCAAUAUGUGGACUAUUUUUAGUUUUUGGAAUAGCUAGUAUUUUAUCUUUAUUAUUAUUUGUAUGGAAGAAACGACAUAAUGUAAAAAGUUACUUUUAUAAGUUAAUGCAUAAACAAGAAUUUCCAGUUGAAACAAGAGCCGCUGAAAUAAGACCCUCGAAUGAAUCUUUCGAACGCCCGCAAGCGCCUCAACAUACAUCCAUAGAUCUGUGUUUUUUCUGAAAGAAAACUAAUUAUUGUGCGGAAAAAAAAUUCAUUAUACAACUGCUACAACUUGAAAAGAAGACUAUAUGAAAAUAUCAUAGAAUUACAUGUGACCUUCUUUAUUAUGACAUUAUCGAAAUUUCUAAUAGCUAACCUAAAAUUUUAUGCUUUUUAUCGGAAACAAUUCUUGAAAAGAUGUCUCAUGCUAAGCUAAAAUGUAUAUGAUAUUAACCUAUCAGUUUUUAAUAAAUUCCUUAAUUCCAUAAAUUGCUAAAAAUAGAAGAUUUUAUCGUGGUGAGAGAGUAUCUUGAGUAUGUUCGGAUCAAAUGACUGUUUUUACCAAGCGAAUUAACAAACUUGAAAUAGCAGCUGUCGAUCAAGUACCUGGACAGACUUAUUUAAUUUUAAACUCAUGGAUUAUUUGAGUACAAAAGUAUAAUACUAUGAUGAACUACUUUCAUCAACUUUUAACAUAACUAGGCAGCUUUUUUUUAGACAAUAUCUUUCUAAGAUAUUCAUAAAAAAAGACCGAAACGAAAAUGGUUGACAAAAGAACAUUGAAAUAACAAGUGUCAAAAUAGAAAAUAUCAAAAUUAAAAAAAAUUAAAAAAAAAUGAUUGAAAUGUAAUAAUAUCGACAAAAAGAAGAUCUAACGUAUAAAACUGUGGAAAAAUUAAAGCAUGACGUAAAUAAACACAUUAGAGCAUGGCCAGCUAAUGGUCCCCUUCGCAUUCGAAGGUUUAAAACUACAAAAGUGAAAGAAAUCUGUCUCUGCAAUCGAAUGUACAUUAUCAACGAAUUAACGAACAUGUUGCAAGCUGU